AAACCAGCCACGCCCUCACUGAACACCCCAAACCAGCCAUCCCCCACUGAACACCCCAAACCAAGCACUCCACACCCCCAACACACACCACUCACCCUGUACCAGCCCAUUCAGGCACCCCAUUCUGGACAUCCCAAUUUCAAGCACCUCACAGUGGUACCAGGCACCCUGUCCCAAUGAUCCCACACCAGACAUGCCUUGCUGGGCAUCCUGUGGUGGACACUGUGCCCUGGACACCCCACCCUGUGCCAUGUCCCCCAUACCAGGCACCCUAUGCCCUGCCCUCCAUGCUGUGCACGCCCUGUCCUUGUCCCCAGGGUCCCUGUCACCCCAUAUCUCUCCCCCCAGGCCGUGUCCUGCAGUGACAGAGCACCUCAAUGCCAUGCCCCCUAUGUUUGCACCCCGUGUCCCCAUCCCCAGGGUCCUUGUCAUCCUGUGUCUCCCCCCAGGCCGUGUGCUGCGGUGAUGGGCAGCACUGUUGUCCCCAGGGCACCACCUGCGACCUGAUCCACUCCACCUGCACCUCCCUGGGGGGCUCUGCACUCCUGGCAGCCCUGCCCACAGCUCGUGACGUCAAGUGUGACGAGGAGACGAGCUGUCCCGAUGGGAACACGUGCUGCCGGCUCAGCUCAGGGGCCUGGGGCUGCUGCCCCCUCGAGCAGGCCGUCUGCUGCCCCGACCACGUUCACUGCUGCCCCCAGGGCUACACCUGCGACCCCGAGGGGGGCAGCUGCCUGCAGGGUGGGGGCACCCGCCAGCCCUGGGUGCGCAAGACCCCGGCGCUGCCCCGGGAGGGACAGGUGACCUCGGGGGAUGUCAAAUGCGAUGAAGAGACGAGCUGUCCUGAUGGCAGCACCUGCUGCAGGCUGAGCCUGGGCACCUGGGGCUGCUGCCCCCUCGAGCAG